AUGCAGCCAACACCCUAUGAGUCUGAUGCAGACACCGAAAAGAUGUCCGUAGAAACAGAUUCCACAUCUGCGCACUCCGUACCUCUUCCGCCCAUAGAGACGACGCAACUCGAUAUCGAGAAGACCGCCAGUCGAGGAACACAAGGCUCAAAACAACCAGGUCCACCUUUGACCCGUGUCAUCACAUCUGCAUAUGACUGGACUGGCAAUGAUGACCCUGACAAUCCAUUGAACUGGUCGACGGGCUCGAAGAUAUAUCAUACUAUUGUCCCUGGGCUGCAAGCCUUCGUCAUCACUUUUGGAUCAUCCGUUUAUGCCCCUAGCGUCCCAGAUGUCUCCAAGCAUUUCGGUGUUAGCACGACGGUAGCGUUGUUGCCCCUGACAGUGUAUGUGCUGGGACUAGGAUUUGGACCUACAAUCUCCGCACCGAUAUCAGAAACCUUCGGACGCCGUGCGGUAUAUAUGUUCUUCUUCCCCCCUUCUUUGCUGUUCACAAUGGGAGCUGGAUUCUCCAAUAACUUCGCUGGACUGGUGAUAUGUCGAUUCCUGGCAGGCACAAUCGGUUCAGGUACGCUGGCAGUUGGGGCGGGAUCAAAUUCCGAUCUAUGGGCCCCAAUACACCGGGCAGUCGCCAGCUCCAUUUUUCUCAUGUCCCCAUUCCUCGGCCCGGCUCUUGGUCCGGCUCUGGGCGGCUACGUCGCCAUGAAGGAGAACUGGCGGUGGACGCAAUGGCUGAUCCUCUUCUGGGGAGUCGUCUCCUACGCCGUCACCAUCCCACACAAGGAGACGUACAAGCGAAUCAUCCUCGAAAAGCGGGCGAAGAAACUCAACAUUCAAGGUCCACCAUCACUUGUACCUCCUGGAAUGAGCAAGAUGCGGUUCAUUGUCGUGGUGACCAUCGCUCGCCCGUUGAGAAUGCUCUUCACCGAGUCCAUCGUUGCCUUCUUCUCCCUCUACACCGCCUUCAACUUUAGCGUGUUGUUCGGCUUCUUCGCCGCCUUCCCCAUCGUCUUCCGCUCUCCAUAUCCCGAAAUCCAAAUCUACCAUUUCAACGCCGGCGAGGGCGGCCUCGUAUUCCUCGCCAUCGGGAUCGGCGUCCUUCUCGGCACUUUGAUCGCCAUCCUCAUUGACCAGAUGAUCUAUCGUAAGAAGACCUUGAAAAGACAAGCUCAGGGUGACUUCACUCCAUUGUUACCGGAGGAGAGACUCUACGCGGCGAUGAUAGGCUCGUGCCUCCUCCCCAUUGGUCUCUUCUGGUUUGCAUGGACGUCACGUUCGGACAUCCAUUGGAUCGUGCCCAUUCUCGGCACGAUUCCCUUCGGCAUCGGCAAUUUCCUUGUCUUCUGUGCUUGUGUGCUGUACCUCAUCGACACUUACGGCCCCUUGGCGGGCGCGAGUGCCGCGGCUGCGAACGGUCUCUUACGAUAUGUGCUUGGUGCGGUCUUUCCGCUGUUCACUGUUCAAAUGUACCGAGCCAUGGGCGUCGGUUGGGCCACAAGCUUACUCGGAUUCGUGACUGUCGCUUUGCUGCCCAUCCCAUGGGUUCUGUACAAAUAUGGCCCAACGAUUCGAAAGCGCAGUGCUUUUGCGCCGACCAAGUGA